AUGCCACGACCACGAGGACGUCCUAGGGGACGAGGGAGAGGCGCAUUGGUGGGAAGUGCACGGGCGAGAGGUACGGGAAGGGGCAGGGGUAGGGGAAGAGGGCGUGGAAGAGGGUCAAGAGGUGGGAUUACCAUUCGCCUUCCAAAAAGAGGCGACGAUGAUGACGACGAGGCUGGAGGUGUUGAAGGUGAGGAUCCCGUGGAGGGCCCGCUCGGGGAGGAAGAGACAAUUAUGGGGGGAGGCAAGCCGUUUAGGAAGAUACAGGGCAAGGUGUAUAUCUUGGAUGGGGACGAGUAUAUCAUCGAGGACGAUCCAAAAGGAGACACAAAGAUUGACCAGUUCGGGAAUCUGCUUGGAGGACGCAAGUUCAAGGCACAGACAUUCACGCUUCCACGGCGAACGCCUGAGCGGGUGUACAUGCUUGCCAUUGACGCGGCUCGGACAUCUGGCUUCCGGGACUCGUUGUACUACUUCCGACGAAAUCCCCUCGCGUUCAAACUGAACGCGACGCAGCCAGAGAAAGACUACCUCAUCUCAAUUGGCAAGCUCGGGUCGCACCUUCGCACGCGCAGCGUCACGCUCGUCACUGCCCGCAGCGCAUUCAAGCUUCAUGGUGCGAAGACGAUCCUUGAUGGUAAGUGGGUAGUGGACGACUACUACGAGGACAAAGUCCUCGCCGAGAUCACUGCCAAGGGUCUCAAAGCGGGAGAUCCGGUCGGCGAGCUCGCAGACCCAAAUGCGCCCACAGCGCAUGCUACCGCAUCUGCCCUUGAUGCGUCUGGCGCGUCAGGUGCUGGUGGCGGGGGCAAGGGCGAGCGCGGGAGCGGCCUCGGGCUGUACCGUUCUGGCGGGCCAACCACCAUUUUCGGUGGUGCGGGCUGGGGGCCGUAUAGCGACGGGCCUUUGAAUGCGGUCCGCAAAUCGCUUCUGAACAGGGAGGGAUUGGAUGAGGAGAAUUGGAUGCUGGUGGCUGCGCAGAGGACUGCAGAGGCGAAUGCGUCUUGGGCGCGGCUGAGGAGAAAGAGUCUGAAACCAUGUGGCGGAGUGCUUGGCGUGAGUAUAGAAAAGGGUAGUGGGUUGGAUGCAAUAGAGGAGGAAGAAGAGGAGGGACCAGAGAGGAAAAAGAGGAAGAAAGUGAGGACAUUGGAGGAUACGAUGCCGCUUGGGGUGUACGAACCGCACGCAGGCGUUGUGCUCUACCGCACGGACACGCAGCCAACGCGUGCGCGUUGGGAAGGCCUGCCUGACGAUACGGAGAAGAGACAAGUCUUGGGCGGUAGCAAAGCGGGAAACGGCGCAUGGGCGCUUGCAUGGGUAGAUACCGUCAUGGAGCUGCGCGCUGGCACAGGAGACAGCUCUGUUUCCGCCAUGGAAGGCUUGUAGGUGGUAAACGGAUACAUAUCAGCCCAUGCAAAGG